GUUUGGUAAAACUGUGGUCUGAAGCUCUGAACGUGGAAUUCGUCUCGUUGGGUCAGCGGUUGGUGAACGCCAUGAUUGCUGCGAAAAAACGGGAAAGCGCGUUCGAGCUUUCGCUUCUAGUGGAGAGGUCGAAGGUGGAUGUGGUCAGUGCGUUUUUGCGAAACGGCGAGGAGCAGUUUAUUUUGAAUCGCGUCCAACAGUGGCUACGUUCUGGGUCCCUUGAGGCCACUGCGGCAAGCCAGUUAUCUUCCUUGGCCUUACAGGCAUACUUGAAAAAGGCUGUGGCUGACACCUCUGAACUUGAGCGCACCAACAGUGGCUUUCGCAAUUUUUUAACAAGCUGUCGUUUUGCCGAUUCAACACAGUGUCUUCGGCCGUUGAUCGAUGCCCACCUGUAUCACUCCGCCCUAAUUUUUGUUCAGGCACAUCGUGCGGGCCCUCAGCUAACCCAGUGCUUGUGCAGCUUAAGCUUUUGGCCGACUAUUGGUUCAUUCGUCGCGCUUCUUACCGCCUCGGAAGUUGUUCAGCUGUUCGACGAUGAAGGCGACCGUUGCAAUUUGCUCGCUCUUCUCCAACGAUUGAGCUCAUUUCUACUUCACGCAAAUUCGAGGCUCGUGUGGCAAAUCUGGAAAGCGUACAAUCUGAGACAAAAGCGAGUCAGGGCGUUCCUGGCUGAAGCCCAGUUAAAGAGCAACCCCAACUGCACGGAUAUCGCGAAAGCGGUCGUUAGCCUGUUCUUAAAAGCUGCCAUCUUUCUGAACUGGGAACUGCGUGAUGCCGCAUUCGCAUCUCUGUCUGUUCCUGGUUACCAUACGGCGAAGAUUCCCCUGAGUUGCAACAAUUCUGGCCUCGGUGACAACAAGUACGGUCAGCUAGGUUUGCCAGGUAUCGCUGAUAGGCUGGGUACGAUUGGCGUUUUGGACGUCAAAUGCUUUCUAGCUCAUGUUUGUCAGGUCACUUGUGGACAUUACCAUAGUUGUGUCGUUGAUUGUGACGGCAACGCGUACUCUUGGGGCUGGAACGUCCAUGGGCAACUGGGACACGGCACGGUGCAGGCGGUAAAAUUGCCCAAGCUGAUUGCUGAAUUUCAACGACAGCGUUGUUCGGUUGUCUCCGUCGCCGGGGGUAUGGCGCACACCGUAUUCUUGUGUGCUUCUGGUGCCGUGUACGCCUGUGGCAGCAAUGCUUACGGACAACUGGGCAUACAGUAUUCUUCGACAGAGAAAAAGUGUUCGCUUCCGCUGAAGGUGCCGCUGCCGAAGAAGAUUCGUCUUUUGUGUGCAGGUAGUUUCCGCAACUUGGCCCUGGCCGAUUCGGCUGAAGAUUCACCAGAGCUUUUCGCAUGGGGCAUCUCACCUCAGACUCUGAAGUUCCUGAUGAUCGUACAAAAGCAGACAAAACGUACGGCGAACGAAGGCGGCGAUCCUGGCAACAGACAGUCUUUACGCGGC